AUGGCAGCACAAAUGUAUGAAGAAGAUGGCGAGAAGCAGAUGCAGAUAAGGGAUGAAACCGAUACCAAUCUUGUGAAUCUUCGAAGGGCUAUAUAUUUGACCAUUAUGUCUUGUUUAGAUUUUGAGGAAGCUGGUCAUAAGCUUCUCAGAAUUAUUCAUCGCCAGAAAGGUCAAGAGAUCCAAUUAUGCAAUAUGAUUCUACAAUGCUGCAGGUAUGAAAAAGUUUAUCGUCCAUACUAUGGUCUUCUGGGGGAGCGUUUUUGUAUGAUCAACAAAGUUUAUCAACAAAACUUUGAAAAGUGUUUUGCUCAACAGUUGUCAACAAUUCACAGGCUUCAAACAAAUCAACUCCGAAAUGUGGCACAGUUUUUUGCUCAUUUGCUUGCCACAUCCGCUCUCCCUUGGAACGUGUUGUCAUAUAUCCGGUUGACUGAAGAGGACACAACUUCUGCUUCGCGGAUAUUUAUUAAGAUUCUGUUCCAAGAGUUAUCUGAGCAUCUUGGCAUACAUGUGCUGAAUGAGCGGUUGAAUGAUCCAGCAAUGCAGGACUGUUUUGAAUCAAUAUUUCCCAAAGAUAGCACAAGAAACACACGGUUUUCCAUUAACUUCUUCACGUCGAUUGGACUUGGCGAGCUUACUAAGAAUCUACGCGUCUACUAUAAAAGUUUGACCUUGCGGAGCUCCCAUUCAUCUGAUGAAAGUGGCAGAAAACGUAGAAGAAAAUAA